CUCUCUCUCUCCGUCCUUUCGUGUGUUGGUGUUAUGGGCAGCUCGGUCCCGCGCUUUCCGGUCACCUGCAAGAACCUCUCGUUGGAUAUCAAGGUAACUAAAUCCAAAGGUUAGCCUUGCUAAAGUAAGCGAGACAGGUAAUGAUAGGUGCUUUGAAGACUGGGAGCGUUCCUUGGACGAGCUGAAGAGAUUUUUCUGUAACACACCAUUUUCCUGGACUUCGGUCAUUGCUUGUAAUGGAGACAACUUUCAUAAUUUGCUUUUGCCUGCUUGCUUUCUUGCAGGGGAACAAAACAGACGUUGUCCUUUGCAGUUACGAUGACCAUUUUCUUGUCAUUGCAACUCAAAUAGGAGCUAUGGGAACAAUACUGCAUGCCAGGAAGGAGGAAGGAGUGUCAAUCGAGCCAACAUUCAACGUGUCUUCAAUAUUUGGAAAACGAGAUGAGCCAAUGCUACUGGCAUGUGCUCGUCAAUUAAUUGAACACAUCAGCACCUCUGGCUCCUCCAAAUCGUUGGUGCUUUCUCUUGGACUCAAGGACCAUUCUGUGGAGACACUCAGAGGAAUUGUUUCUGCUGUGAUUGACAACUGCCUCUGGUAGCAUAUCGUAGCUGAACUCAAAACUAUUUUGCUUAAACCCUUAGAUUUUGUUUUUAUGAUCCAGGAGUGAAACUUCCAGCAUUUUGCAGAUUGAUGAUUGCUCUUUUGUUACAUUUUAAUUCUGAAUUAGCAACGUACAACUGCCCAAUGUGUAACUUAACAGUUACUCGUAAUUUCGAUUAUUGUUUAAUGA